GGGCAAGCGCUGACGCCCAGGAUUGCUGAGCCUCUAGCCUGGGAUUUCCUGCGCAGCCAACACAGAGAAGGAAACCCGCUUACACACUGAGGCUCCUGGCGCCCCAGACUCUCCCCAGCACACACAGAUUCCCAGCCCCAAGACUGGGAGCUCCGCCUGUCCUGGGCCGAAUGCUUCCAGUGCAAUAGUGUGCACUUUCUCCAACUGGAAAGACUGGGACCGAGCGAGAACUGGAGCGCGCAAUGGGAGGGAGCUGCGCGCGGAGGCGCCCGGCCGGCCCGCGGCAGGUACUGUUUCCCUUCCUGCUGCCUUUGUUCUACCCCGCGCUCUCCGAACCGAUCCGCUACUCGAUUCCUGAGGAGCUGGCCAAGGGCUCGGUGGUCGGGAACCUCGCCAAGGAUCUAGGGCUCAGUGUCCUGGAUGUGUCGGCUCGGAAGCUGCGAGUUAGCGCAGAGAAGCUGCUUUUCAGCGUAGACGCGGAGAGCGGGGAGCUACUUGUGAAGGACCGAAUAGACCGUGAGCAGAUAUGCAAAGAGAGAAGAAGAUGUGAAUUGCAGUUGGAAGCUGUGGUGGAAAAUCCUUUAAAUAUCUUUCAUAUCGUUGUGGUUGUUGAGGAUAUUAAUGACCACGCCCCUCAAUUCCAUAAAGAUGAAAUAAACUUAGAAAUCAGUGAGUCUGUCAGCCCGGGGAUGGGAACAAUUCUUGAGUGUGCAAAAGAUCCCGAUAUUAGUAUGAAUUCACUGAGCAAGUACCAACUAAGUCCUAACGAGUAUUUCUCGUUGGUGGUGAAAGACAAUCCCGAUGGUGGCAAAUAUCCAGAACUGGUAUUGAAGAAGACCCUGGACCGAGAAACGCAGAGCACUCAUCACUUGGUGCUGACAGCCUUAGACAGCGGGGAACCGCCGCGAAGUGGCACCACUCAAAUCCGAAUCCUGGUGGUGGAUGCCAACGAUAACCCCCCAGUGUUCAGCCAAGACGUGUACAGGGUCAGCCUUCCGGAAGACGUGCCCCCAGGCACCUCGGUGUUGAAGGUGAGUGCCACAGACCAAGACGAAGGCUUCAACGCGGAGAUCACCUACUCAUUCCUUGGUGUGACUGAUAACGCCCAGCACGUGUUCUCUCUGGAUCCCGCUACAGGAAACAUUAUAACUCACCAACCCUUGGAUUUUGAAGAAGUAGAAAGAUAUACCAUGGGUGUAGAAGCAAAGGACCGAGGAUCCCUCUCUACACAGUGUAAAGUAAUUAUAGAAGUUCUAGACGAAAAUGACAACCUCCCAGAAAUAAUCAUCACUUCCCUCUCUGAUCAGAUUUUGGAGGAUUCUCGUCCCGGAAUGGUUGUGGCUCUCUUCAAAACACGGGACCGGGAUUCCAGGGAAAAUGGAGAAGUCACAUGCAAUUUAAGUAGAGAUGUUCCAUUUAAGAUUCAUUCUUCUUCUAAUAAUUACUACAAGCUUGUAACAGAUGGGGCCCUGGACAGGGAGCAGACCCCGGAGUAUAAUGUGACAAUCACAGCCACCGACAGGGGCAAGCCGCCCCUCUCCUCCAGCACUACCAUCACCCUGCACGUCACCGACGUCAACGACAACGCGCCGGUUUUCCGACAGUCAGCCUACUUGGUCCACGUGCCAGAAAACAACCCGCCCGGAGCCUCCAUCGCCCAAGUCAGCGCCUCAGAUCCCGACCUGGGA